AUUGUAAAAAGCCAUUGUCUGACACAUUUGCAACUGUGAUAUUGAGAAGGUGAAAAUAGUUAAGAAUGAAAGGCAUCAUUUUCAUCCUCCUUUCUUUCAUUUCUCUCAGCCAUGCCGAUCCGAGAGGAAAACCAUAUGAAAGAGAAAAAGUUUGCCAAGAGUUUAACGUGAUGGGAAAAGACAAAUUUUCUGCCCUAGCAGUCAUCAUGAACAGCAGGAAAUAUUCCAAUGCUACGUUUGAAGAAAUAGGUCACCUAAUGAAUGCUAUAGUCUCUCUGGCAGAGAAGUGCUGCGUUAAAGGAGCUGCAUCUGACUGUUAUGACAAAGGGGCAUCUGAUUUGUCCAUUAAGUCUUGCGAUCCAAAGUCUCCUUUCCCUAAGCACCCUGGUAUUGCAAGUUGCUGUGUUCACAAGGGCCUAGAGAGAAAGCUGUGUCUGGCAGACCUGAAGCAGCCACCUAAAGAAUUUCCAACCUACCUGGAACAGUCAAAUGAAGAACUGUGUGACUCUUUCAGGAAGGAUCCACAGACAUUUUCUGCCAGGUUUUUGUAUGAAUACUCCAGCAAUUACGCAGAGGCUCCAUUACUUGUGGUGAUAGAUUCCACUACCAACUAUCUCAACAUGGUAGCAACGUGUUGCACAUCUGAAAAACCUUCAGUGUGUUUCCUGAAACAGAGACUCCAAAGACAUCCUGUGCAUUUAUUGACUGUGAUGUCUAACAGACUGUGUUCACGGUACGCCAGCUAUGGAGAGGAAAAGCUGAAAUUCAGUGCCUCAAUAAUGUUUGGCCAAAAAGUACCCUCUGCAGCAUUUAAGGAUGUCAUGCCAAUUGUGGAGCAGGGUACCCAAGUGCUUGCUAAGUGCUGCAACUCCAUGACUGAAGACUGUAUAAAGAAUGAGCUGUCAGUGCACAUUAAGCAAGUGUGCAAAAAGCUGUCAUCAAAAGAUUCUAGAGUCACUGAUUGCUGCAACAAGUCACCUGUAGAUACCCUCCACUGCCUGCAUUCCAUGCCAGCUUCUGAACCUAUUUCACUUCCAAAACUUCAGUGGCCUACAACUAACCAACUCUGCAAGAAAGGCAAGAGUCAGGAACUUGAGAAAUACACAUUUGAGCUGGCAAGAAGAAACACAAAGCUGCCAGAAGUGUUUCUUGAUAAGCUGCACGUCUCCAUUGUAGACGUAGUCAAAGGAUGUUGCAACUCUCAAAAUCCCCAAGUUUGUCUGGAAAAUAAGAAACCACAACUAAAUGAGGAGAUUAACCAAUACAUCACUGAAGGUAACAAACUCUGCGCGGAUUACAAUACCCAUCCUUUCUCAACAUUCAAAGAAAGGCUAGUAACAGCUCUCCGCAAGAGAGUGCCCAAACUAAACCCGACCAAAUUGGACGAGCUGGUCGAACAAACAGCAAAUCUAGCGUCAACCUGCUGCAUAAUAAAUGCUCCUCCAGUUUACUGCAAAGAGAAAAUAAAUAAAGUCAUUGGAAAAACAUGCUCUCAGGAAACUUGCCUUCUGCAAUAGGCAUCUAUCUACAGGCAAACACUAUUCCGGUAAAGAACACUGAGAGAAGAACAUUUCUAACAUUUUAAUUGAGGGAAGAACAUUUCUAAUGGAACAUCUCGCUCAGACAGCACAGAGAGGUUUUUAUAAUGAAGAUGAAAUAAAACAUUCUAACUGGAUUCUUAUUUUCCAAACUAUCUGCCUUUAUGAACACAGCAGAAGCUCAUCGAAGCUGUUAAUAGUUUUCCAAUUCACAUAAAAAGAAGAAAACGGAAUCAUAUGUUAAGUGCAGCCUGCUCACUCCCAAUCAUCCCCGACUUGAGGGAUGUUAUUAUCUGUAAUUUCUCUAUUGCUUUCUCAAAAUGUAAAAGUGCAGACUUUUACCUUGCUCCUAUUAAAUGUAUUUCAUUUCCUGACCAGUAAUUAGACCUAGCCUUUUGUAUUUUUGUUUUGUAGUUUUCAAAGCUCCUAUGUUUGAGGGGUAAUAAAGAAAGCCUUCUCUAAAAUAUCACCUCUGCCAAAAGUUAAUCAUCUACAAAAUAAAAAAGGUCACAGGAUGUGACACAACAUGGCUGACAAAGUUAGUCCAAAAUUGUCAUGUUUUCUAUAACUAGUUUUCAACUUUUUUUUAUAAUAAUUAUUGGUUUAUUUUCCGUAGUAAAAAAAUAACUGCAAACUGAGUAGCGUCACAAACGUUAUCUCCCACUGCUUAGUGGAGAGACAACAACAAAAUGUCCAAUAUGCCUUGUUUUUCCAAAACUAAUUUUAAGAUAUUUAGAAAGAAUUGUUAUAUAUUUUAUAUCAUCUGAUACUUUUAAACAGAUCCAGUUCAACUGAAAAUAUAUAACAUUAACCCCACAGAGAGAAAUACCUAGGAGAGGUUAUCAUAAGCUGUUUCAUUGUUAUCUGCUGCCACAUCCAUGGUCAAGAUUGCAUUACGAUAUCUUGAGUAAGGCUGCCCAAUAAUACAUUUCGGUUAUUCUUGUCUUAAUCAAAGUUUUGGCAAAUGUCAAAUGUCUGUUGUAGCCCAUAGAAUGUCAGCAGGUGGCAGGGUGCUUAAGUGUGACAUUUUAUUGGUUUAUAAUUGUGUUAAAUAAAGCUAUGUGAUUGUUUUA